AAGGAAGCCUGGAGCAGAUUGUCUCCUCCGUGGCUAGGAGGAAAGUCAUAAAGCCUACCCCUACAGUGACACACCACCUACCCCACAAGGCCACAUCUCCUAAUAGUGCCACUCCCUGGGCCAAGAAUAUUCAAAGCACCACACUGGCCCUGUGUGAGGCGAGGCUUGGUUGCUAGGUGACCAUCCCAGGGCAGCCACCCUCUGUCCACUUGCUGUGCUCAGCCAUAGCUACCCCGACACUGCUCAUUCCUUUGCCACCAUGUCGAGGCAGCUCAACAUGGAUACCCUGCGGCAAAACUUCUGGAAGGAGGAAUAUCUCAAAGAGAUGAUGUUGCGCUAUGAAUGGCAGCGCAAAUAUGGGACUCUGGUGAAGGCCAAGCAGAAGGCUAAGGCUGCGUCCCGUCUGCCCCCCAAACUGCCUACCCUGUUGCCUAAGUCCUCAGUCACACCACCACCACCAGCCUCCAAAACAACCCUGUCUAAAGCCCCCAGCCCUGCCCCAGAGCCUCUUUUUCUGUCAGAUAUGUACCCAGUUGCGCCUAACACAAAAGCCCUGCUGUAUGAAGGCAUCUCCCACGACUUUCAGGGGCGCUACCAGUAUCUCAACACCCGAAAACUGGAUCUGCCAGAGACGCGCUACCUGUUCCCCAUCACCACCAACUUCACAUAUGGCUGGCAGCUGGGCCCUGCAACAAAGCAAGAAUUGGUCUCCUGCAAGAUGUGCCGAAUUGAGUCGUUCUUCCGUAAGAAUGGUGCCUUUGCACUCCUGGACCCGCGAGAUCUGGCCCUCUGAGCUUGGGCCUGGCAGUGACUU